AUGCUAGGGUUUCGAUUAUCAUGUUCUCUAGCUCCAACAAGCUCCAUGAGUUUAUCAGCCCUAACACCACGUACGUACACGAUCCCUCUAAACACUACAACGAAGGAGAUUAUAGAUCUGUAUCAAACAGUUUCUGAUGUUGAUGUUUGGAGCGCUCACUAUGAGAGAAUGCAAGAAACCAAAAGGAAACUGUUGGAGACAAAUAGAAAUCUCCGGACACAGAUCAAGCAGAGGCUAGGUGAGUGUUUGGACGAACUUGAUGUUCAGGAGCUGCGUAGUCUUGAGGAAGAAAUGGAAAACACUUUCAAACUCGUUCGCGAGCGCAAGUUUAAAUCCCUUGGGAAUCAGAUCGAGACCACCAAGAAAAAGAACAAAAGUCAUCAAGACAUACAAAAGAAUCUCAUACAUGAGCUGGAACUAAGAGCAGAAGACCCUCACUAUGGACUAGUAGACAAUGGAGGAGACUACGAUUCGGUUCUUGGAUAUCAAAUCGAAGGGUCACGUGCUUACGCUCUUCGUUUCCACCAGAACCAUCACCACCAUUACCCUAACCAUGCCCUUCAUGCAGCCUCUGCGUCUGACAUCAUUACCUUCCACCUUCUUGAGUGA